CCCAUUUCCAACUUGGGGUCCCAGGGCUGUAUCCAGCCUGGGAUUUAACUUAAGUCUCCAUCUGGGCCCCAGAGUGCUCCUGUUGUUUCGGACCUCACUAUACCCGCUAUGCGGGUGCUCUGGCUACACCCCAGCUCGGAACUCCCCGUCCUUCUCUCCCCCAGCUCUUCUUAUCCUUAUAGGCCCUAUGUUGCCCCUUCCCUGGCUGGCCUGCACCCUGUCCUGCAGCCCUGUGCUCCCAAGAACCUCCCUUGUCCUCCCACCCCUCCCUAAGGUACAACCCCCUCUCUACUGGCUUCUCUCUGUCUUGAGUUGCAAACUUCUCCCUGCACUUGGGGUUCUCACCCCAUCUUAUUCCUCUCCUGGCUGCCUGGGAUCUGGGCCAACCGCCAGGCCAGGGUGCUGGCUGUGCAAGGGAUUUGCUCUUCUCCAAGUAGCUGGCCUUCCUGGAAAUUUUUGUGAGGUGGCAGCAGCAGGAUUUGUCAUGCGGAGGGGGAAGGAUGAGACUCGGAGGGCAAAAGGGGAAUUUUUUUUUCAGGAAGAGGAAAGGAUGUUUUUGGUGCGUCGGAGUUUCAGUAGGCUGGGUUGUGUGAGAGAUUUCCAAACCGGACAUAGCCGUAAUGAAUGGGCUGCCUCCUACCUCUCUGAACCUGCAGCUGCUUCACCCCAGCAAGCUCCCUGGCCUCCACUGCUGGAACUGCAGCCGCAGAGUGAGCAGGAGGAAGCAUCUAGCAGCAGGCACCUAGUGGGCCCCUCAUCGGGGAUCAGCCGCUCUUCUGCUCUGGACGGUGCAGGCCAGUGGGAGCCCUGUGGGGGCUUGGGGAGGGCAUGGGCUCUUCCUGGCCCCUGCUGCUGGCUGCUAUGGUGGCUGGAGCCGGGUGGGCAGGAUAAUUAUGCCUUACAUAAGUGGGAGGCCGGAUCCCUGACCAUUGCCCAACUACUAUGCAGAACUGAGCUUGGAUGGAGGAGUAGCCGGACGGCUCCCACAGGUGGAGAUCGUCACCCCGUGCCUGCCCCAUCCUGGGCACUGGGCCUCCCAGCACUGAGCCCUUCUCCACCUUCUCAAAGGAAUUUGAACAAAGCAGGGAGUGGCUGGCGCUUGACCUUACUGGAGCUUUACCUUUGAGCUUCCUGCCUUGC